AUGCCUUCAGGACAAGGAGCCGGUACCAACCCCAUCCACAACAAAAAGCCGAAGAAGAAGGUGGUUGAGGAAGACGAAGAAGAUAAGGCUUUUAAAGCCAAGCAGGCAGCUGACAAGAAAGCCCGCGAAGAGCUGGCCAAGAAGGCUGGCGGCAAAGGUCCCAUGAACACCGGCCAACAGGGUAUCAAGAAGAGUGGCAAGAAAUGA